AUGUUUAGUGCAGGCGGGCCUGGAUCCACUCCCACACACAGCGGCGGCAGCGAGCCGUCGCUGCAAUCCGUCACGCCGUCGUCAUCGACGUCGGAGCUCUGCGGGUCGUCAGACGAAGUGGACGAGCAGAGUUCGUCCGCGCCAGUGGCUCAUGCAGUGGCGCAGCUGCUGGAGGCGCUUGGGGAGGAUCCCUGCCGCCACGGCCUCGUCAAGACGCCUCAACGCGUCGCCAGAGCCAUGGAUUCCGCCACUCAAGGCUGCUUGCUUCCGUUGCGGCUGCGCUGCCACGUGGCGUACGUGCCGCACAGCCAUCGGGUGGUGGGCCUCAGCAAAUUGCCACGCGCGGCCGUGGCUCUCUCGCGUCGCCGCGUGUGCGCGCAGUCCUUGGCGCGCCUGCUAUGCCGCACAGUGGAGGAGGCGUUGGCGCCGCUGGGCGUGGCAGUGGUGGUGGAGGCAUCGCACCUCGUUGGGCUCGAGGAGAGCGUCACUGCCGCUCCUACCCGUGCGGACAACCUGGAUUCGCGCGCAAGUGUCGGCUCUAGCAGCGAAGGAGCGGUUGGAUGGGCGCGGGAAGGCGAAGCUGGGCACGAGUUGGCGUGUGGCGCAGUGGGAGUAUUUUCGAAGCAGAGCGAGCUGGUGGACGAGGUGCUGGCGCUGCUACACUUGGACCCCGAUGCCGUCUCCGUCGCGCUUCUAGACGAUGCUGCCGCUCAAAGGGGGGAUGUGGACUUGACCGGAGCAGACGAGACCCUAGAAACCAGCGUAUCCGGCGUGACGGAGUUGCCUGGGGACGCUGUUUGCCCUGUGCUAAGGCCACGCGCGUCAGGGAGGGUAGUGCCAGGCCGAGCAGUGCGCAGCAUUUGUGGUGACUGCGACAUGCGUGUGUGGCUGUCACGUUGUCUACCGGGGCCCGCUCUCAGCGGUGCAGGCGGUACUGCCCUCCAGGAGGCCAUCCCAGACUCGCGGAGUACAGACGGUCUCCUUGCCUCGUGGCGCCUGCUGUGCCAGUGGCUGGGUGCGAGGGAAGAGAUGGGCGCACAGCAGUGUGGUGAGAAGGUGCCGCUGUCAGAGGCAAUGCAGGCUGACGACGAGGGAGGAACACGCGGGCAGGUGGACCAACAGAAGCUGAGGGGUACAGCAGAAGCGGUCACAGAGACGGAUGUGGAUGAGGCGAGAGUACCAUUGUCAGGCCUGUCCGUGUGUGUUGCUCGAUACCUCCGCUAUCUCUCUGCCGCCACACGUGGCACGCACCUGCAUCUGCACGAUGUUCUUGCCCUUCCCGAGUCAUCAGAAUGCCGCUUGCGCCCUCCGAAUGGAACACAUGAUGCUGCUUGUUCGGUACCUACAAACGAGGACAAAGUAGUAGCUUCACAUGAUGUAGAGAGCAUGGAGAGGAAGGGGGACCCAUGCACUCAGCCUGAGGCCGCUGCAUUUGGCGGCAGAGGAGCAGGCGAAGCACUGUUGCCGGAAGCUGUGGUGCGCGGAGAGCAGAGCAUUAAUGGAGUUGAUGGACAGCAUGUAGCGGCUGGGUCUGGUAUGCCACCCAGAGCAGUUGGGGGCGUGCACACUGCGUGCAGGCUCACAGAUAUUCCCAUGGAGAUGCACUUGGCUGCGCCUUUCUCAUCUCUCUGUGAACACCACCUGCUGCCUUUCUUUGGGGUUGUCCAUGUGGCAAUUUGCCGAUCACAAGUCUGCUCAACCACCCUCGCGUCCCCCGCCACUGCAGCCGCUGCUGAGCCAGCGGCGCCCCUUCUGUCAGCGGAGGCAUUACCUGCUAUCUGCUGGCUCUAUGGCCGUCGACUACAGGUUCAGGAGCGUUUCACCCGCCAGGUGGCAGAAGCAGUCAUGGAGGCAUGUGGUGGGCAGGCCGAGGGGGUGAUGGUGGUGGUGGAGGCACACCACAUGUGCAUGAUUGUCAGGGGUGUGGAGAAAACGGCCACCACCACAUCGACUGUUGCUACAUUUGGCACCUUCUCUUUGUUUCCGCGCAUGAGAGCCAGCGAGAAGGCAUCUGCAGUCACCGCGGAGGCUGUCCCCGAUACUAAGGCGGAGUCGACUACCAGCGAUGCGGCUGCGGCUGGAUCGGAGGCGAAGGCUACAACUCCUGGCGGUCCACCCAACGCCUUUGACUUUUCAAGCCUCGCUGGAGUUCUCAAUGACCCAUCUAUCAAGGAGAUGGCAGAGCAGAUCGCCAAAGAUCCCUCUUUCUCUCAGAUGACACAAGAGCUCCAAGGAAGCGUGAAAGUUGGUAGUGAUGGCGCUCCCCAACUUGAUCCCCAGCAAUACAUGAAGGCGAUGCAACAAGUGAUGUCGAACCCAAGCUUCAUGACUAUCGCCGAGAAGUUCGGCAACGCUCUGAUGCAGGAUCCUCAAAUGAUGACUAUGAUGCAGACUCUCCAGAACCCGUCGUAUCGUGAUCAGAUGCAGCAGCGGGUAGCUGCCAUCAAGGAGGAUCCUUCUUUGAAGUCUGUCCUCGAAGAGCUCGAGACUGGGGGCCCUGCAGCAAUGAUGAAGUACUGGAACGAUCCUGAGGUUCUGGGCAAGCUUGGCAAGGCCAUGGGCGGUGCGUUCCCUAUUCCUCCUCACAUGGCUGGAGCAGCUGGUCCGUCUGGCGAGGAAGAUGCUGCAGAUGAGGCAGCAGAGGGAGAGGAAGAAUCUCCUUCACUUCAUUCCGCAGCGAGCAACGGCGACGCAGAGGAGGUGAAGCGGCUGAUCGCUGAAGGAGCAGAUAAGAACGAGAAGGAUGGCGAGGGAAGGACAGCCCUCCAUUUUGCAUGUGGAUAUGGCGAGGUCAAGUGUGCGGAGGCACUUCUUGAUGCUGGUGCUGAUGUUGACUCUUUGGACAAGAACAAGAACACGCCUCUGCAUUAUUCGGCUGGCUAUGGGCGCAAGGAGGUUGUGGAGCUGCUGGUCAAGAGUGGUGCUGCAGUGUGA